AUGUCGACACGAGGCCGAAGACAUCGCUCGUCGACUGCGGCAUCAAACCCACCUGAAGCAACAAAAGCUACCGCAGAACUACAAGUCCUCCUAGAUGGUCUAUCUACAGCCCUCCAAAAGCGCCUUGAGAAUGCAUAUCCCGAUCUGCCAUCAAUUGUUGAUCAAGUUCAGAGUAUUCGGGUGUUUCUGAUAGCAUCCUCGCAAACAUCGCGAUCAAAAGACGACUUUAGACAUCUUCAUGGAUACCAAAUCCUAUUAAGCACCCUUCGAGCGUUCUCGGGUUUCUAUAAUCCUUUCAAGAGGAACCAGCAAGAUAAAAUUCGAUUCUUUGAUCUUCUCGAAAACAUAUUGGGGGUGUUGGCACAAACAUUUCGUGAUCAUCAUGGGAAUAGGAGAUACUUCAAGCGCCGGGUAGAAGGAGGAGGAUGGGCUGCUUUAGAGCAAAUAAUAGCUAGUAUUGGUAUUGGUGGUAGUGAGUCUGAUAUAUGGACCGAAGCACAGCUUUUUGGGCGGCUUCUUGCAUUCGCUUUGGACGACAAGAGAUUUGAGACUUUAUGUCAAAUUGCUGCUGAACAUCGUCCCUCAAGAAUCGAGACGAAUGAUCUCGUAACAUCUGAAGAUGUCAAAGACACAGGAAUCGCACCCCAAGAUCCGGAACGCGAGUCUGAAAACAUCAAGAGCGAUGAAGAAAUUCUCGAGUUGGUGGAGACUCGUUUACAAGCCAUCCUGCGCGAGAGUUCGUUGCUACAUCAUGCAGAUAUUGUUCCAGUUAUCAUAGACUUCUGGAAGACCAUACCUCGAAUUUCCAAUGCUCCGGUAAAUCCAGCUGCAUUGGUUGUUAUUCUAACACUGUCCAAAAUUUCUUCAAUUUCAAAUCACAGUUUGUUGGCUUUGCAUUCGACGGGAGUACUAUCUACUCUGCUUCCGCUUGCUUUCGAUUCUGAUUCUCCCCUUGCUACCACCGAAAGACAGACCGUCGAAAACUUGUGCGGUUCUUUAAUGUCACUCGGUAUAAGCUCCUUAAAUGAUGCCCAAUAUCUAGUCUCUAGCCAGUCUCCUAUUGCCAGCGAAUUCUUGCUUCGCACGAUGAAGAAAUCUCACACUCCUGCGUAUAUCCAAUUUGACCUUUCUUUAAAUGGCUUUGCUUCAAUAGAACUUCCUACGCUAGCAAGGUCUUUUCCACCACCAUCAACGGUGGGAGGUUAUACCUUCACGGCCUGGAUUUUCGUGGAUAAAUUUGAUCCAAAUGCUCAUACAACUAUUUUCGGGGCUUAUGAUGAGACUCAAACCUGUUUUCUACUCGCGUAUCUUGAGCAGGAUACUCACAAUUUCAUUUUACAAACAUCUAUUUCCUCAUCGCGACCUAGUGUCAGGUUCAAAUCGACAACGUUUCAAGAACGCCGUUGGUAUCAUAUUGCAAUAGUUCAUCGACGUCCUAGAACAAUGACUUCGAGUAAAGCAAUUCUUUAUGUCGAUGGGGAAUUCGCGGAGCAAGUCAAAUGUCAAUAUCCGGCUCCUCCGCCACCCACAAAUGCUAGCACGGAGAGUUUCGCGUCCUUCACCUCAACCAGUGCGAAGGCACACCCAGUUCAAGCCUUCCUUGGAACUCCUCAGGAUCUCUCUACUCGUCUCGGGCGUGGCGUUGUCUUUUCUCGUUGGUCUUUGGCUUCAGCACAUCUCAUCGAGGAUGUGAUUAGCGACGAUUUAGUAGCUGUCUACUAUCGCUUAGGGCCACGAUAUAAUGGAAAUUUUCAAGAUUGCAUGGGAUCGUUCCAAACAUAUGAGGCAUCUGCGGCUUUGGGAAUGCGUCAGGAGCUCAUGCAUCCCGGGAAGGAAGAUAAUUCGGAUAUCCUCAAAGCUAUACGUGGAAAGGCUAGCAUAUUAGUACCGGAGUCCCGCAUCAUACUAAGCAUUCUGCCUACCGCUAUUCUUGGAGAGGAAGACCGCCUAAAAGGACCGGAAUCUCAACUUUUAAGGGGGCUAAAUCGAACAGCUUCAAAUAACUUAUUCCAGUUGACACACAAUAGUGGUACUUCUAUAGCUAUUAAUGGAUCCACGCCUGCCAUUAAUGAUGCCUUGACUAGAGCCCAUGGCACUGCGAUCUUGACAGGCGAACCAGUAGUCAUCGUUCCCCAAGCUUUGGAUGAUGCAAUGUGGAGACUUGGAGGGUUUACUGCAAUCGGACUAAAGUUGGUUGAAGCCGCCAACACAAAAGAAAGUAUUGUUCGGGCUGUUGAAAAUCUAUUUGAGAGUAUUAAUGCAAGCUGGCGAAACAGCGAGGCUAUGGAGCGAGAAAACGGCUACGCAAUAUUGGGUGCCCUUCUCCGCGGCAAGAUGGGUGCCGGAACUGUUAUUGCGACGAGGACAGGUAACUCAGACACCUCGAACAUGAGCGAAGAUGAUCGCAAUAAACUUGGUUUCCAAUUGCUGAGCUUGGUACUGGAGUUUGUUGGAUAUAGCCAUGAGACACCCGAGGAAUCAUUUAUAAUCAAUCCUCUUGCAUACCGAAUCUUACUCGUCGACUUUGAUAUGUGGCGGAAGACAACUUCACUCACCCAAAGGUUGUAUUACAAACAAUUUAUUACGUUUGGUGUCAACAGCAAGUACCAUGAAUUCAAUUCUCGUCGCUUAUUUCGAAUGCGGAUUGUGAAAAGAUUUUUAGACGCUCUGAAGGCCGAACUGUUCCCCGCGGAUGUUUUCCCUUCUUUUAUGGAAGCACUCACCAGUUUAGUGAAAUGUAAUAUGACGGCAGAAGUCUUUCGUUCUCUUGCUCUUUUCAUCACCUAUGCAUAUCACAAGCCUACGGGUUCUGCUUCGAGAACCCCCAAGAAUUCUGGGUCAACGCUUCCAACGCGAUCCGGCACAAUAUCAAGGGGACCAAGAAGGCCAACUAUUAGCACUGUUUUCGAUGUGAAUGAGAUAGCUUCGCCGACAAUGACCAAGAGGCAGCUUGGAAAUUCAGUGCUCGGUAUGUAUACUGAGCUUUUGUGUGAGGAAGGCACCUCUUCAAACAUUCGAAAAUUUGCUAGGACUGUGACAAAUAAGUGGCUUUUACACCUCUUAACGGAGGAUGACCCCCAGGUUGUGGUUCUUGGUUCAAAGAUAUUGGCCCGUCUUUUGGUGGUCCAUGGCUCUAACUAUGCGUCGAAAUUCUCGAGUAAAACCGGAGGCUUUACCAUUAUGCGUCAUAGAUUGAAGAGGUGGUGGGAUAUCCCAACAUUAUGGCCCAUUUGUUUUGGUAUCUUAUUUGGACAUGACGUCGCGAAUAUUGAUUUCGAUCAGCCAUUCGAGUUAUACAACCUGUUGGAAACAUUCGGCACCGGCAAAAUUGUAUAUCCUAAUGUGCUGCCCGUAAUCAUGACGAUGAUGCAGCAUGGCUUGAAGGACGUCUUACGGAAUCAAGAUGACCCUGACUCGCCACUUCACGAUAAGGGCAAUGGAAGAGAUCAGGAUUCACCAACAGAUACGCUUAAGCCUCCGACUCGACAUAGAUCAAUGUCUCUUACGAAAGAACUUGAAUCUCGACAAUCCCAGCUGCCUAAAAGAGAACGAUUGGCGGAGCAAGUUGUUAUUCUACACACAAUCAUCCGAUUUCUCGCAGACUUGCAUAGCAAAUCUCAAGACUUUAGGGAUUUCGCCUUAUCUUCAGACUAUGUCAGGUAUCUGCUUGCCGUUUUAUUCCCCGUAGUUGUUAGUUCGGAUUCUGUUAGUCCGGAGACGGAAUUAAACUCUCGUGACUCUGCGUUGACUUUUGAAGGCGACGAUGUCAUCAUAAGACCGGUGUCUCGUGUAUCAGCUAUGCCUACACCUAUUGUCCGUACAUCAACAGUAGAGACUCUCCUUCCACCUAGUCCUACGAAUCUCAAAGCAAAGCCUCUUCGCCGGGGAUCAUCAUUCGUGUUGUUAACAUCUCGCCCCUCGGAGUAUAGUCCGUCUUCUGCUAGACUCAGUUUGAUCAUGUCGCCCAAGAAAAGGAUCGUCGCACAAAAAGUUAGUAACGCAAUAGUUGAAGGCAUGCUAGAACUAGUUGUCAAUGUCUUUAUUGAUCAAGUAAUGGCCCGUAAAGAGUUUCCCGGAUUUGGAUUGUUUCUCAAAGUUCCUCCGGGCUUCCAAGAACACCAAGCAUACUUUGAAUCGUACCUGCUGCGCAACAUGAUAUCUCAGCUCGGGACUACUGUUCAGUUGGAUCAAAAAUCAUUAUGGGAGCCUAGAGUCAUCCAGAACAUGGCUCGUUUUGUUCUGCAUAUUGGUGAAGCUGUAUUCGAAGGCUGGUUUCUUGGCGGAGCUGAAACACUAUUGGAUUUUGCAGGAACAAUACUAGAAUACUUGGAACGACCCGAAGUGUCCAAGAUCAAAAGUGUCCGCCUGUGUAGUCAAGCCAUUGCUUCGAUCAAAAGUGUUUUCCUUCGAGUCGUUUUACUUCGUCUAUCUGAGCUUGAUGUGCCAGAAGCUCCCGAGUCGGAAGCAUUAGCAUUUAUGGAUAAGCUGCUCUACUGGCAAACCGUAGUUCUGUCUGCCGAUGUAACCGAAGAUAACUUCUUAAAACUCAUUUGCUACCAGCUUUAUGUCAAAUUGGUUGACAAUAAAGAAAGUAUACGCUUGGCGGCUGCAAAUCUUUGGCGCAUAUUGCUUGUUCAGAAACCCGAAGAAACAUCUAAUAUGCUACGUCAUGCUAUGCCUGGCCAAUACAAGCAUCUAGAUUCAGGAUUUAAGAAGCUUACCGAGUUAGACAAUGAGACUUUUGCGGCAUGGGUUGAUAGCUUCAGAGCUGAGCUUGAUGCUCUGUUCUUUGGUGCAAUGUCUCGUGCUUGGGAAGACUUUGUUAACGCGGAAAAUGAAAAGAACGAAGAUACUCUUAAAGUCCGCGUUACUAAACGACGCGAAAAGCUCAAGCAGUGGCAUGCGGAUGAUCUUAAUGAUGAAGAUAUAUUGUUUCGUCAUGAUCUUGCAUCAAACUUAUGGAUGAAGAACAUUUAUGCAUCCGAACAUCUUAAGCACCAAAGAGCACAACAGGAUCAACAAGAUAAUUUCAGUUUCCUCGUUUCUACUUUUUCGAGAAUGGAUCGAGAACUCCACAGACCUUGUGCUGUACUUGAUCGCGGAAUUCCCUUGAAGUGGAAAUUGGACAGGACCGAGGGUCGGAAUCGCAUGCGCCUUCGUAUGCUACCAGAUCGCGCUGCUCCAAAUUAUGAUUAUAAACCCAAAAGACGUCCCACUGAGACAAACGCAAAUGAUCUGUUACAGGUUAACACUAAAGUUGGAGGCCUCGGCCCGUCUCAGCACAUUGAUUCAACACCGAGGUCUGCAGUGUCACCACCUAGGGAUUUUGAUGGCCAAAAUGGAUCUGAGAGGAAUACUGAAAACCCAUCAGACGAAACGUCAAAUGAAACUCCGGAUAAUGUUGUUCAAGAGGAAGAUUUUGAGCUUGUUGAUGAUCCUAAUGAGCCUGGCGAUGGCGAUGAUGGCUUUGAAGACAAAAAUAGAAAGGUCAUGCGUAGUCUUCAGAGAGGAGAUUCGGUUCAACACGUUUUCAACAUCUCUAGAAUCAUUGGACUCGAAGCAGUUGAGGGCCUUUUGAUUCUAGGCAAGGAUUCCCUGUAUCUGAUUGAUAAUGUCUUCCAGAGAUCUGACGGAGAAAUCGUGAAUGUUGCGAUGGCUCCUAAAGAGGAACGAGAUCCUUAUCUACAAAUGAUUGCUGGUCACAAGGCAAGCGAGAAAACCACCCAGCCUCUCAGAACUGAGCAAGAAUCAAGAAGUUGGAAGUGGAGCGAUGUCAUCAGUAUUUCUAAACGUCGCUUCUUAUUUCGAGAUGUUGCUGUGGAAGUCUUUUUCACAGAUGGUCGUAGUUAUUUGCUUACAGCUAUCUCGGCAACUCUUAGAGAUGAUCUAUUUUCAAAGCUUUCUUCAAAAGCUCCACAUACUAAUGGUAGCUCUGGUUUACCAAAUCCAGAAGAUGGCUGGCGUCUUGAGGCUCUCAAGGUAUCAGACGAUACACCAACUACUUUCGGCUCCAAAUUCGGCAGCAUCUUCAACUCUUCUGCUUGGAAUCCAGCAAUGCGACGAUGGGCGAAAGGAGAAAUAUCAAAUUUUCACUAUUUGAUGCUCGUCAAUACAAUGGCCGGUCGUACUUUUAAUGAUCUUACACAAUAUCCUGUCUUCCCUUGGGUUCUGGCCGAUUAUACUAGUGGAGAGCUAGAUCUGAACAAUCCUGCUUCAUUCCGAGACCUAUCAAAGCCGAUGGGUGCGCAGCACAACUCCCGGCAAGCGGACUUUAUUGAAAGGUAUAAAACAUUUGCGGAAAUGGAUAGCACUACUCCCGCCUUUCAUUAUGGUACUCAUUACUCAUCAGCCAUGAUUGUUACAUCGUAUUUGAUCAGACUUCAACCUUUUGUUCAAUCAUACUUGCUACUUCAAGGUGGUAAUUUUGACCAUCCUGAUCGAUUGUUCUAUUCAAUCGCGAAAGCUUGGGAUUCUGCAUCCAGGAAUAACAUGUCUGAUGUGAGAGAGCUCAUACCGGAAUUCUUUUACCUUCCAGAAUUUCUUACGAAUAACAAUGGAUACAAUUUUGGCUUGCGACAAGGGGACGGUGGGGGAAUAGAUACUGUUGACCUUCCACCGUGGGCUAAGGGCGAUCCUAAAAUAUUCAUUGCUAAACAUCGCGAGGCUUUAGAAAGCCCAUAUGUGAGUAAGAAUUUACACCAGUGGGUUGAUCUUAUCUUUGGUUGCAAGCAACGUGGAGAAGCCGCUAUAGAAAGUGUGAACGUAUUCCACCAUCUUUCAUAUCACGGUGCAAAGAAUCUUGAUACUAUUGAAGAUCCAGUCGAAAGGCUAGCUACGAUUGGAAUCAUUCAUAACUUUGGUCAAACGCCUCAUCAAGUAUUUUCUAAACCUCAUCAAUCCAGAGAAGAUAUGCGUCAAAAAACAAAGAGACUGGAUACCUCAGCAGAUUCUCUAACUCGACUACCAUUUCCGUUGAUAGAAAGUCACGAGCGUGUCGCAUCACUCACUUACUCCGCCAAAUUAGAUCGACUUCUCUGUUCCACGGCAUUCCGUCUAAAUCUUCCUCCAAGCUAUGAUAAAUACCUAGAAUGGGGCUUCGCCGAUAACAGCGUCCGGUUUUACUUCAAUGACUCCAAAAAGCUCGCUGGACUUUUCGAGAACCUUCAUCAAGGUCAAUUAUCUACCGUCAUUUUUGCAUCUUCACAAACACUCAUCACAGCUGGCGAAGAUUGUGUCAUUUCGGCUCAUACAAUCGUAACAUCCUCGUCAAAAACUGUUGACCUCCAACCUCGCUCUUCUCUCUUCGGACACAAAACACCCGUGACUACUCUCGCAGUCAGUAAAUCCUUCAGUACAAUGCUCAGCGCAUCAUCCGACGGUGUUGUUCUUCUCUGGGAUCUUAAUCGUUUAGAAUUCGUUCGCAAACUCACUCAUGGCCGUGCUGUCGAAUGCGCACGUAUUAAUGAUGUAACUGGUGAUAUCAUGUUAUGUCGCGGUCAAAAGGUUGCUCUCUAUACCUUGAACGGUGAAGCACUACUCGAGCAAAAUGUCUGUGCAGAUCUUGGACAUGAUGAUUAUGUACAUAGUUGUGCAUUUUACGAAGGUACAGGGAAUGAAUGGUUGGAGAGUACAUUAUUAUUCACGGGACAUAAAAGAGGAAUAGUAUGUAUAUGGCGUAAAAUUGUGGGUAAGAAAAGUGGGAAAUGGGAAUUAGAAUUGGUGAAGAGAUUAGAUCAUGUGGAUGAAGUAAGGAGAGAUGCCAGUGUCAAUAGAUCGGCAGGUCCGCAUGGAAGAAGGACAACGAUCAAUGGAAAUGUGGAGGCGGGUAUUACGUGUGUGGUGCCCAUGGAGAAGGGAGUUUAUACUGGGGAUGAAGAGGGGAGAGUGUAUGAAUGGACACUAGUCCAACGCGAACGAUAG